AUGCAAGCUCGCCACGUGCCGGCAGAAGAACACCGCAGCAAGAGGAAGUUCCAACCCAGCAUUACAAGCUAUUUUGAGGUGCGGGACGAUUUCGAGGAUAACGACGAUCUGCGGGGCCUAGAUCCGAUUACCCGACCGCGACGCCAAACCACGCGAGGCGCUGCACAACAUCAGCAGCAACAGCAGCAGCACAGGGAGAGACUCGCUCCCGACAUCCCAGGACAGGUGCAAGCAGGCUUGCUGAGCGUCGGAAUGAGAGUCAGAAAGAGUGUGCCGGAAGGCUACAAGACGCACAAGGUCUCCGAACUGUCCUCGGUUCAGAACACCAUGUCGAGACCCACAUUGGCCGUCAAGCCGCCCCGAGAAGCUGUACCAGACCAAGUUCAACACCAGCGAGAACUGCUGCCGUUUUGCGGUCUGCACAAGAUUGGAGGGUUUGCUGAACAGCCUACAACAAAUCCACAUCUCUACAACACAACCGCCACUCCAUCACCACCCAACUACUUCCCUCUUCCUGCCGAAACCUUCACCCAGCCAUUCUCCUCGACAGCCUCCACCGACAGUGGCUGCUCCACCACGUCGCAACGCCCACACAACCCCUCGAAACGCUCAUGGCAAGACGAAGACGAAGUCAGGCCAUUGGACACUAGCUUCUUCUUCGGCUCAUCCUCGACAAAGGGCAUGGGUAUGGGUGUUGAGGUCGACGAGGUGCCUGUCAGCCCGCUGAGCGAGACUCCGCCUCCAGGACUUAAUAUGCUGCCGCCGGUGAGGCAGUUUGCGCAACCCAAAUCGAGAAGAGCAGUACAGAGGACAAUUAGCGACGAUGACAUCGAUAUGGAUUUUGUGAAUGCAUCGCACAUCGAGGGUAGGCUUAGCGCAGGCUGCGGAAGCGAUUUUGAAGAGGCGGAUUUUCUGUCCAACGAGGUGGAUAUGGGUGGUAUAUGA